AUGUGUUUCACCACAGCUGGUAAGCCGCAUUCUUCACAACCAUCGACAUUCUCCUCAUUGGUGAACUUUUUUUCCCUUUCUCAUUCGUCUUCAUUACCCAGCAUUCUGUCCUGGAUUGCUGGUGGGGCAACCCGGUGUCCGAAUUGUAAUAAAGAAGUAGGCUCUGCGGGAAUUAUUGGGCCUGUAUUUGCUAGUUUCGGACAGAAUCACUCUACCUCUCCAGAUCUUACUGAUGUUAGUGAAACUCUAAGAAUCAAGCGUGAACUAAAAGAGCUUAAAGAAGAAAGAGAGAGAACUAGGCUGGAAUUAAGGCAAAUUGGAGAAAUCGCAAAACUACGUUUUCGUCACAGGGCAAAGUCUGCAAUGAACGAAGGUUUAUUUGAUGGCUGGAAACAAAGUAAAGCUAUGUGGAGAUCUUUACCAAACGAGAGACUUCCAAUUAUACUUGCGUCGUAUCAGACAAAACUGGCCUUGGCAGAUGAUGAGCGCAGGAGAGAGGCAAUGGCAAAUCGAAGUGCUACGGCUAGGAUUCAAGAGCUCAAGCUUAAAAAUGCACAAUUAAAAAGACAGGUUGUUGCUCUACAAAAUACACGCACUAAAUCCCCUCCACCUUAUUGCCACUGUACCUCUACAAACUGCAUUUGCCCUGCUCCUCCCUCAGCACCUAUACUAAAAUCAGAAAGCCCAAAAAAAUAUCCAACAUACUGGGGAAAAAAGCUUCCUUUCAAAGAGCAACAUAAUGGAAAUUUAAUAUUUACUAAUAGUCCUUCCAACCUAAAGCGAUCGUACGGAUCAGACCAUGACGAUAAUUCAAGUACUACUGAUGAUGGAUCAGGAGAGUCAACAAUAUUAGCCAAAGGCAAAGGCAAAAAAUCAGAAGAGAAUAUAGAUACCUCAGACUUGGAAGGAUCAGAAAGUCCUGUGGUUAUCCAAUACAAGGAAUUACGAUUAUUGAUGGCCAGGGAGCAGGCCCAAGCACAGGUCUCUCAAGGAGGUAUUGCACGACUUAUUCUGGGCCAAAGUAAAGCCGUUUAUCGUCACAGCACAUUUGCUAUUACGUGUUACCCUUAUGUACAUUGCACACUUAUCAUGAUUCCCAAGGUCGGAAGCAAGGCCAUUUCUAGGAAAGAUCCGAGAUAUCAUACGUCAAGUAUGGUAGCUUCUAACUUUUUCAUGGCAGGGCAGUUUAAACAGCUUGGUAGAUACACAGAUAAAUGUAAGCCACCUGUACUUGUUCUUUUAUUGAAGUCAAAAUGGAGAUAUUUCCAUUUGGAUAAUUCAACAGAGGUUUACACCUUAUUCAACAUGCCGUAUAUAAAUCUGAUAAAAUAA